AAAGGCCAGCUGUUGCCAGACCUGCGGGCCGUGGGGUGGAAGGAGCCAGAAGGCCAGGAUGUCACUUUCUAGCAGUUCCACUUCAAAGAGUUCAGUAGGGCUUUUGGCUUCAUGAUGAGAGUGGCCCUGCAGGCUGAGAAACUGGACCACCAUCCCGAAUGGCUUAACAUUCACGACGAGGCCCACGUCACCCUGAGCACUCACGAGUGUGCAGGCGUUUCAGAACUGGACAUAAAUCUGGCCAGCUUCAUCAAGCAAGUAGCAGUGUCCAUGACAUAGACCCUGCCCUUCCUCUCUGAGUUCUUCAGGGGAAAGGGGGGACUGAACUGGGGAUCCAGAGAGGGAACUGGGGAGCCCCGAAAUGUUGCUGCAGUCAAAACUGA